AUGAGGGAUCUGGCCGGGGUUCCGGGCUUACCCCCGUUAGAAGAGCUUCUGGCAGACGACGACGAGGCGAAAGCGCGCGCAGCGCGGCGGGAGGCGGAAAAGGAGAAGCAGGCGGAGAUUGCGCGGCGGAGAGUGGCGUGCGUGGACGCACUGGGGCGCGCGUACGGCACGGGGAGGCGGAAGACGAGCGUUGCGCGCGUGUGGCUCCGGAAGGGGAGCGGUGGAGUGGUGGUGAACGGGCAGCCGUUGGAUCUGUACUUUCCCGAUCUGGCGCCGCGCGCGGCGAUGCUGGAACCGUUCGUGGAAACUGGCACGGCUGGGGUGUUCGACGUAAAGGCUACCGUGAAAGGCGGAGGCGUGUCAGGCCAAGCGGGUGCCAUGCGGCACGGCAUCAGCCGAGCGUUGCAGCAGUUUGAUCCCACGUACCGCCCGGCUCUCAAGUCAGCUGGUCUGCUGACCCGUGAUUCGCGUAUGGUGGAGCGCAAGAAGCCAGGCAAGGCCAAGGCAAGAAAGAGCUUCCAAUGGGUCAAACGCCGCCCACCAACUCGCCAUUCCUCCGCCCCCCGCUGCGCCAACCCAACCACCAUGUCCACAUUUGGGUAUUUAUUCACACAUUGGCCUCUGUGCUUGUCAAUCCCGUCCGCAUUCACCCUCACUCUCACUCGCUCUCUCCAAUUCAACAAUUCGUCCCCCGUCAGCUCAACCGCGGCGCAAGCAAUGGCAACCACGAUCUUGGCCAAAGAGGCGACGCCCGCGGCAGUGGCGGCGAUUCAGGAGAACUUCAGCGGCGCCGUGGAGGAGGCGGAGUUUAUCGACACGGUCGCGGAGAAACUGCGCGAGCACGGCUUUAACAGGGACAACAGCAUCGCGCUGGUGAGCACGUGUCGCGACGAGGCGUCGCGGUUCUUCGACGCGCUAAUCGACAAGCACUUCGGGCUCGUCUUCUCGCUCGCCGGGCUCGCUGGCGUGCCGCCCGGCGGCGUGCUCGCCGUCAAGGCCGGCACGUCGCACAGCCCGCAGGACGAGAAUGGCCGCGAGAGAUACGUGUUUUUCGGCUUCACGCACAUCGGCGUGGACGAGCGCGGCACGGUCGGCAAGAUGCGCCGCGGCGGGCGCGCGAACGUGUCGGGCGCGUGCGGCGCGCUGGCGGCGCUGACGGCGCAGUUCAGCAGCGGGACCGCGCUGGGGGAGGCGGACGAGGAGGACAUGGAGGUGUUCCUGCUUUCCAAGAAGCUGCGCGCUAAGGAGCCCGAGCCCACCCUUGUGGCCGUCACCAAAGCCGCAGUGGAAGUGAUCAAUGAAACCAUAGAGAAGCUGAUUGCUACAGCCGUGGACACAUCCAAGGCGGACUACGCGGUCAUCACAGGAGUGCAGAUCCACUCCAGCUGCCACGUGCAAUCGGAGGAGGCGCAGCAGGCAGCAGCAGCAGGGGGGGCGUUCCAGCUGAGUGAGACGGUGGAGUAUAUUGCGCCAUCGCUGGGGUAUGUGGUGGUGCAGGGGGAGAAGACACCGCUGCGGCUGAAUAAGGAGGGAUGGAUGAGCUUCUUUUGGGGGUGA